AUGGAAGCCAACACAUCCAGUACACCUGCUGAUAUUGAUCAUUUAUGUCAUUUAAUUGAUGAAAGUUCAUUUGGACGUUUAAUAGUCACUGAUGAGAAUGCUACUUCUUCAUCUCGUUUACAAAAAUUCCGACAUGUCCCAAAUAGUCAAGUGAAAGCAUUUCGUUGUCGAUUAAAACGUUUAAAUUCACAGUUACCCUUUCAUUUUGGAUCUGUAGCACCAGCAAUGACAGUCUCCACACUAACUAAUCCUAUAAAAAAAUCGUCGACAUUAGCAACAACAACAACAAAAGAUGCAAAUAAUAACAAUGUUUCUGCUUCUUCGACUACUGCUCUCGUUCCAUAUAUGACGAUACCGUCACAGAAGCUAUACGGAGAACAAAUCGUUCAUCAUUUACCCGGAUUUCAACGUUCAUUUCGUUCAUCACUUUUACAACGUUUUCGUUCAUUAUCAACUUCUUCGGUAUCGACAAUUUCUCGUAAUUCAAUAGUACCGUGGCAUAAACGAUCGACACUAUUCCCUUCAUUACAACGUUUUCAACGAAAACCAUUAACAAUCUAUAGAACGAAAUCAAAUUAUUUACCACAAAUACUUGAAGAUGAUGAACUUUCUUUGACACUUAGUCUGCCAAAGACGUCUAUUGCUGAACAAACACAUGAAAUAUCACCAACGUUAUUAACAUUAUUAAAAAAUCAGUCAACGAUAAAUUCACAUUCACUUAGUUUACAAAGUCAACAUUCUUUAAAUUCUUGUACAAUUAGUGAUCAGCGAUUAAAACCACGUUCAUGUUUGACAAGUACAGAAACCAUAACAGAUUUUCUUAUCGAUGAUUUCUCUACACCAACAUCAAUGACGUCGACACCUGUAGCAUGUAAUGUCGAAGAAUUAGCUGCUUAUUUAGAAAAUUAUCUUUAUUUACCAAAAAAUUUAUCGGGAGCUGCGGAACUCAUGUACACAUAA